AUGCGCUUCCCAAUACUCGCAGCAGUCUCGUGUUUUUUGGCGACAUUGGUCCAAUGUUCGCCAACUCCCAACCAUAAGACCUUGGUGUCCCUGAGAAUCGAAGGAGAAGAUAAAACAAUAUUCGAGGGCGUUGUCCUAACCAAGGGCCAUGACAUUACUACGGCUUUGGGAGGAACUCACCACUGUGAUGGGACAAACAAUGGAGCAAGUACAACACCGGGUCCUACUCCAAACGCCGCUUUGGACGACGCAGCGAAGUUGCAUGACUUUGCCUUCGAUGGCGCCUUCUUCCCAGAAUUCGACGACUUUCUCAUCAGCUCCAUCGGGGGCGAAGCGAAUACGGACACACAAUUUUGGACCACCCUCGUAAACUUCCAAUUCAUCCCAGUAGGCGGAUGCCAACAAAAGGUCCAACUUGGCGAUGAAAUUUUGUACGCGUUCGACGGAUUCUCAAAAGCUCACAUCUUGAAGCUUUCUGGACCCGUUGUUGCUCGUAAGAACCAUCCUGUUGUCUUCACGGUCACCGAUGGUUCUACGGGAGCUCCCGUCGCCGGCGCCAGCGUAGAUGGGCAGAUUAGUGGAGUCGAUGGAAAGGUGUCUGUUACGUUUGCUAAAACCGGUCUUAAUGGUGUCAAGGCGCAAAAAGAUGAUUCCGUUAGAUCCAAUCAGGUGGAUGUCGUAGUUGUAGCUUGA